GUGCUGCAUCUCAUCUGUGGAUCUCCUAUUGACAUCACAGAGCUCACCUCGCCAAAUAAUAGAUUAGGCUGGUAUAUCAAAGAUAUAAAGUCUUCCUCCUGCUUCUAAACUCUCAAGACCUUUUGGACUGUUCUUCAUCUUUUUGCUCCUGUCACUCAUUCAGCUGUCACUCCGAGCUCUGCCUUCACAAGAUACAGCUGUGCCUUUUACACUGGAGGUCAAGUAGAAGCUGGAUCAACUGAGGACUCCAUCCAACAAACACCAAACUCAACUAGAGGAUUUAUUUGACUCUAGAGUUGUUCAGGACAACUGGAGGACCACUGAGCUAUUCAGCAUUAAUUUACUGGCGUAAACCAGUCUUAUUAUUAAUGUUAGUUUUUGCAGGUUGCGAGGUAAACUUAAGACUUUGACUGCAGAUGUGGCUCAUCUGUGCUUGUGGAACAUUUUGACUGAUGAAUCAGAAAUCGUGUUAAUGAUUGUUUUUCCCCAGAGGUGCUGACAAAUGGAUACCUCAUCACUGCUGACUCACCACUGGUCCAAAGAUGCCAUGCUCCAGCUCCCUGAAGUUGGAGUUAAAGCUUUUAAAUUUGAUUCUGCCUGGGAAAACAUAUCAUUGAUUGGAAGGAAUGGAAACAUGACGAAUGUCUCGCUUGCUUGAAUAGAUAUCGGAUCUCCAGUUUGGUUCAAAGGGAUGCUGAAUGUUUAUCUUGUGUACUGCCAAGAAUGAUGCAAGAAGUAGCUGUCAUCUUUGGGUCAUCCCUUGAGAGCAGAACAUAUAUAUGCUCCCAAAUGCUGCCUCUCAUUUCUUCAGGAAGAGCCUUAGGAACUGCUUGAAACAUUUCCCCUGUUUUAAACCAAGGACAAACUCAUUGAUUAAUUUCGUCUUUGGUAUUUCACUUCCUUACUUUAUUUUGACCCCUCAGACCUUUUUUAUUUUUAAUCCGAGUUUUUUUUUUUCCUUUGGAAUGAAGUUACACUUACCAUGGGAUAACUAAACAUCAAACUAAGUGCUUUGAUUAAUCCCCUGUGCAACAUGGUUGUGACUCGUCUGGAGUUAGAGCUACGCUACCAAGGCAAGAAGUUACGUGGCGUGACCUGGAAGCUGACUCGAUCAGAACAUGGUUUCCUACCAGAGAGCUCUUGGCUCAUUGGGGCGCAGGUUAUCGUGCCAUACCUCAUAUCAGGACUUGGAAUGGUCUCCGCGGGUAUCGUUAUGGACCUUAUUCAACACUGGGAGGUGUUUAAGGUGAUCACAGAAGUUUUCAUCCUGGUUCCAGCUCUGGUUGGACUCAAAGGAAACCUGGAGAUGACCUUGGCUGCUCGCCUCUCUACCGCUGCUAACACAGGCCAAAUGGAUGACCCUGAUAAACAAUGGACCAUGGUGUGCAGCAAUCUGGCACUUAUUCAGGUCCAGGCCACAGUGGUAGGAUUCCUCGCCGCAGUGGCAGCAAUUUGUUUAGGGGCGAUUUCCAGAGGAGGCAUUGAACUGGAACAAGCAGCUGUCCUGUGCGCCAGCAGUAUCACCACCGCCUUUGUAGCUGCUCUGUCUUUAGGUCUGGUGAUGAUUGGAGUGAUCAUCGGCUCGAGGAAAGUGGGAAUCAACCCUGACAAUGUGGCCACUCCCAUUGCUGCGAGUCUGGGGGAUUUGAUCACCCUGUCCCUGCUGGCUGGGGUCAGCAGUGCGCUCUAUGAGUAUAAAGACAUAUGGUACCUGUCACCUAUGGUGUGUCUGGUCUUUCUCUGUCUCAUCCCGGUCUGGGUGUUGGUGGCCCGACAAAGCCCUCAGAUCAGAGAGGUUCUCCGUUCAGGAUGGCAGCCCGUAAUAGUGGCCAUGUCCAUUAGCAGCUUUGGAGGCCUUAUACUGGACAAGACAGUGAGUGAUCCCAACUUCGAGGGUAUGGCUAUCUUCACUCCUGUCAUUAAUGGAGUGGGUGGCAACUUGGUAGCCAUCCAGGCCAGCAGGAUCUCUACCUAUCUGCACUUUUGGAGCAUCCCAGGGGUGCUACCCUACAAGAUGAGGCAGCACUGGCCCAAUCCCUGCAUCACCUUCUUCUCCUCAGGGGUCAACUCGAAGUCAGCACGGGUGCUGCUGAUGCUGGUUAUACCCGGUCACCUGGUCUUCCUUUACGCCAUCUCUCUGCUACAAGGAGAGGAGGCACCUAUCACCAUAGCCUUCACUGUCUGCUACCUGUGUGCUGCUCUGCUACAGGUGGCUAUCCUCCUUUAUGUUGCUGACCUAAUUGUCCGUUUGAUGUGGAGACGGAGUCUGGACCCUGACAACUUCUCCAUCCCGUACCUGACAGCCCUGGGAGACCUGCUAGGCACUGGUUUCCUGGCUCUCUGUUUCCGCUGCGUGUCAGUGGUUCAAAGCCUGGGUCUAUAAACGGAUUUUUUUUCCAUUAAGAACUGAACUCUUAGCCUGCCACCAUCAUAUUGAACCCAAUUUUGUUGCAUUAACAAAAAUGCUUUUGAUUGGACAAUAAAGCAUUUUUGGAUCUUUCUCACUGCGCCUGAGAAAUCCGUAUUUGUCACAAAUUCAAACCUUUACACUGAUGGGAGGUACAGCACUGGUGACAUCCACCCAUUUACAUCCAUCCAUCUGGAUAGGUUAUUCUGCUUGGACACAUCCACUUUAAGCCUAGCAACCAAUCAAUCUUUUUUUUUUUUUUUUUUUUUGCCUAGCCAAAAUGAUGUCCUUCAGAACAUGUAGUGCAUUAUUUUGAAUUAAUGUUGACUGUCAUUCCUCUGUUUCUUGGUCCUUAUGUGGUUACCCUGCGUGGAAUAUGUAGCAACUUAUCAUAGUGGCAUGACGGCAAGAUUUUGUUUUGUCUUUUUAAAUCUAAGGGAUAGAACAGACUUAAAGCAGCCCGUGUUUGGGUGCACUGCACUAUGCAUUGAUUUUGGAGGAUAGAGAGGAUGAUAUAUGUCACCGUAUAAAUGACAUAUCUCAUACACUAACUCAGCAGUCCCCAACCCCCGGGCCACCGACUGGAAUCGUUUGGUACGGGCCGCGUGAGUUGAGGCUCAGGUGUGAAAUGUAUCGUUAACUCAGUGUCCUUGGGUCUUUUCCCAUGUUUUAAUUGUGAGACUUAUUUUCAAAGAAAUAUUUAUGCGUUACCAUAGCGACCAGAGAGCAUUAAGGGGCAGAGAGGAGGAUGUUACUCUCAAUGUUGUUGGCCCAUUUCAGGAGGAUGCUGCUAAUAAAGUUACACAAUUACACAGUGAAUUCGCGUUUAUUAUUAUAUUUACAAAAUACCAUGGUUUUUGUCUUGGUCAUAUCAUUUUAUUUUGUUGUAUUUAUCUGCGACACCUUAAAGGCCGAUCCGUGAAAACAUUGUCUGACACUAAACUGGUCCGUGGCACCAAAAAGGUUGGGGACCGCUGCACUAACUGGAAUAUAAAAUAAUGGGGAAUGUUCUCAUGAUAAACUUCUUAUCUCUAUCAUAAUCCACAGAAUGUACUUUACAAGGAUUCUAACAACCAAAAUAGACACCAGUCUUUGUGCUGAUUUAUAAUGUUGAGAUACUGAGACAGAUGGACGGACAGAAAUAAUAACUGUUAAAUGUUUGACAUCUGUAAAUCCUUUUUUUCUCUUGUCCACAAUGCACAGCGCUCUCCUGAAUAUCUAAUGUUCAGAUUAUGUAGAGCUUCAUGUCGGACAUUCACUAGAUAAAUGUACAGUAUCGUUAGCGUGCACAUUAGGUCAAUAAGCUAAUGAUUACGAGCAAGUAGAUUGUUGUUCAGAUUUCACAUCAUACUAGAAAUUGUAAAAAAUGUGGGAGGAAAAUGUGUUUCUAAACACCGAAGCGUGAAAAUGUGUGUGCACCUCUCACCUUGUGCGUCAUGAUCUCAACGUUCAGAAAGCGUUCUGCAAUAUUUUGAUAGUUGUGAACUUUGUGCUGCCACAUGAUGAUUUUAAAAAACCAGACAGAUGCAGAAGAUUUAUUCAGCUGUGGAGCUGCCUCUGGAAUUCUCUCACUACUUGAUAUUACAUCCCUUUAAUGGAGGGUCAACAAAGCCUUACUAUUCAUAGUGAUCAUUUUUCAGAACCAGAAGACCUCAUCAUUACAGCAGUGAGUGCAUACUUAUUUUGUCUGUUAUGGAAAGUCUUUGCACAUAUUGGACUUUAAGGUUUUAGCUCAGCUCUUGACCAAAUCCAUAACUUACCUUUAACCCCAGUUCUUGGUCAUAGUCUGUCUUGAUAUCCUUGAUUUUCUUUGUCUUGUCUUAAAACCCCAAAAUAGUAGAGUUCAGAAAUAUCCCACUCUUGUGGACACGCUGGUAGAAUUUGCAUCUGGUGUCACAUUCUGCCUGUGUUCACUGUGCCCCUUUUUAAUUCACGUAACAGUUAAAGUCAUGUUUAAGCUGCUUUAUAUUCAGACUUUGCACAUUCAAAUGUUUAAUAAAACACAAAGGAUAGAAUCGGUAAAAGUUCAUGACAGCAUUUGGGUGACCAAAUCAGACUGGCCUAAACUAUGUCCUCGUCUUUCUGUUUGAGUUUACAUGAUGUCUCAAAAUAACACUGAAACACGAAUGUGUGCACUCAUUAAACACAAGGAGAGUUUCUCAUUUUUCACGUGCAUGCACUUUUCGAGUAAGCCUCAAACAUCAACGCGUUUCUGUCAACAACCCGUCUUCUCAGUGAACAUUUAUGUGCGGUACUGCAGUGUUAAUAGGUCUUUGCUUAAAGCUUUUAUUGUAACACUGUUAAGCACUAGAUGCAUAAGAACAAUAGACGUGUACUACUUGAAUCCCAGGUUAGUCAUCUGAGAUUAGUGUAUUAACUGUGAUACUGUGAGAUUUAGACCACAGCUAAGGUUGUGUUGUACCAGCACAUAAGUGAGUCUUAACCAGUGUGGGUGAAGGGGCUGGAUGAUACAAUUUAAAAUUUGUCAUUCGCAUAACAAUUAAGGUUAAUAUGACAAUUUUAGGAAAUUAGUUAUUUAGACUAUUGUGAUUGUUUGACUGUGGAUUGUUUGCUGUUUGAAUUUUUGACGGUGAUCCAAAUUAGAUGCACAUUUAAUUUGAAACUGUUAAAAGGAAAAGUUUAGUGUUUUAAUAAAUUAUUAUUUUCAACUGCCAUUUCUAAAAAUGCAAGUAACUAAAUUACUCUGAGUAAAAUAUUUGGAUAAGAAGGCCAAUAAAUGGAUGUUGCUGGUAAAGCCAGAGUUGUUGUAGUAGUCCCCCCCCCCCCUUCUUUCAUGUUCACAUGGACGACAUAUAAAAUGAUGUUCUUCUACUCUACAGUAGGUGGCGUGAUGUCUGCCAGGUUAUAACAAAUUAGAGGGUAUUUGCAUUGGGCCUCACUUAAUGGUUACCCUGCAACUACAAAAUGUUCUGAUCCAAAGUGGAGUCUCGCAUACCUGCAGACCACUACACCAAAUGGUUAAAAGAGAACAAUCACAGAUAAAAACAUGGGAACAUUACUUGAGCAUUUAAUUUGGUAAUUUUAUAAACAUGGACCCAAGUUCUAGUGAUGGCGAUAGCUUGCUCACAGUGCUGCCUUUUAUCCCAGUUAAAUGCUUAAACUGUAAAAUGGAAAAAACUAACUAUUUAUCUAUGUCAAAGGCAGUCACUGUAAUAUGAACUUUAAAUGGUGAAACACUCUUUACCUUAAAACUAGCAUAACCUUAUGCUAGUAUAGCUCCCUAGCUCAAUAGAGCUAUAUGUAUAAGGUAUAGAAUAAGUUUAACUGGCUUAGGUAAGCUAACACCUGCUAAUUACAGCUAAACCUUUAAAGUGAAGCAAUGGUAGCAGUUUAGCUAAUUGUUAAAGAUAGCUAAACACGUGCUUGCUUUAAACUUUAGAAUGAUAACUAUUUACCCUAGCACUAACAUAACCUAAGGCCCUAGUCACACAGUCUGCAACCAUCUGGCAACAACCAAACGUGUAUUCUCUGAUCAGUUGUGAAUUGCUGUGAGAAGUCACUGUGACGUUGCUUGCUCAGCUCAUUUCAUACGGGCCUAGAGACCAGUCAGUAACUGGCAGUGUGCAUUCGACUGGCAACUGGUUUCUCUGUAUUGUGUGCAGUCACGAGCAUGAAAAUGAUUGCAGAAAGGUAUAUGGUACUGCACCAAAAACCUCCUUGUAAUUGCUUUAGUCACUAGCAGACUGCUGCCUAGCAGACUGCUGACUUUUAAAAACUAUUCGAAAAGUGGUAGUGAAACUGGGAAGACAGGGUUGUCCAUGAGUCUCUAGGCUUGUGUGAGUGAGGCCUAAAAAUCUACAAGCUAUAAACAAUGAAAACGAACAUUAACUGCUAAUUCAAUACCUGCUAGCUAUUAGCUCAACUUAGCUUACUGCUAAGUGGCUUUUAAUUGAGAGUGGUCAGUCUUUGCAUCUAGCUUUUUGCAAGAAAGCAAACCUCUAUUUUAUUUAUUUCUUUUUUAGUGUAUCAUCCAGCCCUAUUGGACAGUAUGGAGUGCAACUGGAACAAAAACAUCUGACUGCAAACUUGCACUGUGUUUUAUUAGUAGUCUGAAGUUGCCUUGAAAGCAAAAAUGUCAACCAUGUUGUAACUAAAAUCUCACCUACAAGCAUCUCAAUGUUAAAAAAAAAAAACAGAAUCUGUAUUUAAAUGUUGCAACAGUUCUUUCUCUUUAGCUUUAUCUUUGUCAGAGCUUGUACUGUACUUCAGUGUUGACACUGCCACGUUAUGACGUUAGGGCCUUUUUAAAGUUUUCUAAUCUUGCUGUGUUCAGUUCUUCAAGCUUCCAUACCUACAUUGUGCUGUCUUAUGUGUCUGGAGAUUAAAGCAAAAUUGUUGGUGAGUGUUAAUGUGACUUUGUGGCUAUGAACAGUUCUAUUUUAAUAAAAAACUAAC